AUGGAGACAAGUAUUUCCUACUCUGCAUUUGGAGAAAUGGAAAGGCUCCGGAUGUCCUGGCUCAUCCGUGGAGACUUGCGGGGAAACGUCUCCUUGGUGCUGGUGGAGAACAAAACCGGGAAGGAACAAAGCAGGAUGCUCUGGCACGUUGCCACCAAUGAAGGCUUGAGCCUGUGGCAGUGGACAGUGCUGCCUCUCCUCGAUGUGGCCGACAGGUUCUGGCUGCAGAUUGUCGCGUGGUGGGGACAAGGAUCCAAAGCCACCGUGGCUUUUGACAAUAUCUCCGUCAGCCUGGACUGCUACCUCACCAUCAGUGGGGAGGACAAGAUGCCACAGAACACAGCGCUCAAAUCAAGAAAUCUGUUUGAGAGAAACCCAAACAAGGAGGUGAAAUUCUGGGAAAAUACACCAAGAGAGACCCCCAUCUUUGACCCUACAGUUCACUGGCUGUUUACCACGUGUGGGGCCAGUGGGCCCCAUGGCCCCACGCAGGCCCAGUGCAACAACGCCUAUCGGAACACCAACCUGAGCGUGGUGGUGGGCAGCAAGGGCCCCCUGAAGGGCAUCCAGACCUGGAAGACAAACCGACUUAUCCAGAAAGUCUGCAUUGGAGAGAACAACGUGAUAGAAGAAGAAAUCCGCGUGAACAGAAGUGUGCAUGAGUGGGCAGGAGGGGGCGGAGGAGGGGGCGGAGCCACCUACGUAUUUAAGAUGAAGGGCGGCGUGCCAGUGCCCCUGAUCGUUGCGGCCGGCGGUGGCGGCAGGGCCUACGGGGCUAAGACGGACACGUUCCACCCCGAGAGACUGGAGAAUAACUCCUCAGUUCUGGGGCUCAAUGGCAAUUCUGGAGCCGCAGGCGGUGGAGGUGGCUGGAAUGAUAACACUUCCUUGCUCUGGUCUGGAAAGUCUCUGAUGGAGGGUGCCACCGGAGGACAUUCCUGCCCCCAGGCCAUGAAGAAGUGGGGGUGGGAGACCAGAGGGGGUUUCGGAGGGGGUGGCGGGGGGUGCUCCUCAGGUGGAGGAGGCGGAGGAUACAUAGGGGGCAAUGCAGCCUCAAACAAUGACCCCGAGGUGGACGGGGAGGAUGGGGUAUCCUUCAUCAGUCCACUGGGCAUCCUGUAUACCCCGGCUUUAAAAGUGAUGGAAGGCCACGGGGAAGUGAAUAUUAAGCAUUACCUAAACUGCAGCCACUGUGAGGUAGACGAGUGCCACAUGGACCCUGAGAGCCACAAGGUCAUCUGCUUUUGUGACCACGGGACUGUGCUGGCUGAGGACGGCGUCUCCUGCAUUGUGUCACCCACCCCAGAGCCCCACCUGCCACUCUCGCUGAUCCUCUCCGUUGUGACCUCUGCACUCGUGGCUGCCCUCGUCCUGGCAUUCUCUGGCAUCAUGAUCGUGUACCGUCGGAAGCACCAGGAGCUGCAAGCCAUGCAGAUGGAACUGCAGAGCCCCGAGUACAAGCUCAGCAAGCUCCGCACCUCGACCAUCAUGACUGACUACAACCCCAACUACUGCUUUGCCGGCAAGACCUCCUCCAUCAGUGACCUGAAGGAGGUGCCGCGGAAAAACAUCACCCUCAUUCGGGGUCUGGGCCAUGGCGCCUUUGGGGAGGUGUACGAAGGUCAGGUGUCUGGGAUGCCCAGCGACCCGAGCCCCCUGCAAGUGGCUGUAAAGACGCUGCCUGAGGUAUGUUCCGAACAGGACGAACUGGAUUUCCUCAUGGAAGCCCUGAUCAUCAGCAAAUUCAACCACCAGAACAUUGUGCGCUGUAUCGGGGUGAGUCUGCAAGCCUUGCCCCGGUUUAUCCUGCUGGAGCUCAUGGCGGGAGGAGACCUCAAGUCCUUCCUCCGGGAGACCCGCCCUCGCCCGAAUCAGCCCUCCUCCCUGACCAUGCUGGACCUCCUGCACGUGGCUCGGGACAUCGCCUGCGGCUGCCAGUACUUAGAGGAGAAUCACUUCAUCCACCGGGAUAUUGCUGCCAGGAACUGCCUCUUGACCUGUCCAGGCCCUGGGAGAGUAGCCAAGAUUGGAGACUUUGGGAUGGCCCGAGACAUCUACAGAGCGAGCUACUACCGAAAGGGAGGCUGUGCAAUGCUGCCGGUAAAAUGGAUGCCCCCUGAGGCCUUCAUGGAAGGAAUAUUUACAUCUAAAACAGACACGUGGUCCUUUGGAGUGCUGCUGUGGGAAAUAUUUUCUCUUGGAUAUAUGCCAUACCCUAGCAAAAGCAACCAGGAAGUUCUGGAGUUCGUGACCAGCGGAGGACGGAUGGACCCACCUAAGAACUGCCCUGGGCCUGUCUAUAGGAUCAUGACCCAGUGCUGGCAACACCAGCCCGAGGACAGGCCCAACUUUGCCAUAAUUUUGGAGAGGAUUGAGUACUGCACCCAGGAUCCAGACGUGAUCAACACUGCUUUGCCAAUAGAAUAUGGCCCACUCGUGGAAGAGGAAGAGAAAGUGCCCAUGAGGCCCAAGGACCCUGAGGGAAUUCCUCCUCUCCUCGUGUCUCCUCCACCAGCUAAACGGGAGGACGGGCAGGCCCCGGCUGCCCCGCCCCCUCUGCCUUCCGCUCCCUCUGGCAAAGCCGUGAAGAAACUAACAGCUGCAGAGGUCUCUGUUCGAGUCACUAGAGGGCCAGCCGCAGAAGGGGGACAUGUUAAUAUGGCAUUCUCUCAGUCCAACCUGCCAUCAGAGCUGCACAAAGUCCAGGGAUCCAGAAAUAAACCAACCAGCCUAUGGAACCCAACUUACGGCUCAUGGUUUACAGAGAAACCCCCCAAAAAGAACAAUCCUCCAGAAAAGAAGGAACAACACGAGAGGGGAAACCUGGGACGUGACGGAAGCUGUACUGUCCCACCUAACGUGGCAACUGGCCGGCUUCCAGGUGCCUCUCUGCUCCUAGAACCAUCGUCACUAACGGCCAACAUGAAGGAAGUGCCUCUGUUCCGGCUGCGUCACUUCCCGUGUGGAAACGUCAACUAUGGCUACCAGCAGCAGGGCUUACCUUUAGAGGCCACCACUGCCCCUGGAACUGGUCAUUAUGAGGACACCGUUCUGAAAAACCAGCCUGGGCCCUGAGCUCGUCGGCACUCAUUCUCUUCCUUGGGAACCCUGAGCCCAUGGAGGGGGAACAGGUAAUGAUGACUCCUCCACACACCAGAGACCAAAUGUCACUUUUCAUUUUGUGCCAACUUGUUUUGAUGUGCCACAUAAAAAGCUGUCCUUUCAAAAUGCUUUAGAAAGGUUUUGAGCAUGGGUUCAUCCUAUUCUUUCCAAAAGAAGAAAAUAGCAUAAAGACAAGGGGAACUAGGAAGCCUGGGUGGGGCUGCCUACGGUUCUAUGCAUGGUUGAUGUACGUGUCCUCACGCCUCCUUCCAACCCUGUGUGCUCUGCUUCCAUGCGGUCAGAAUUAGCUGCUCACGUGUCUCAUAGUUGGAGUCGUAGACGUCUCCUUACCUUGUUGCUGUGGACCUGGACCACUUGAGGGGACAGGGAACAGAAAUAAAGGAGUUAUUUGCAAUGAGUCGGCAUGGGGAAAGACAUUCUUUACUUGGAAAAUUCACAGACCACUAACUGAAGUGUCACGUUAGAUGAUGACAUUUAGAUGCUUUUGAUUGUGCUGAUUCCCUGACGAUCGUAAAAAUGUAAUGAAUAGUGACAGUAGUAUAGAGGAAAUGUGUAUAUACUCAUCUAAAUGAAAUGAAAACAUUCCAAGUGCUUUGAAUAUGAGAUAAAACCCCAGGACAGAACCAGAGAUUCAAAAGCAUUCUAUUAAUAUGCCUCAUGCCUUAAGAAAACCCUGCUACUAAAAGUGAACAGCUGAGUGUGAGGUUUCCUACUGGAUGGAACACUCAAGAUUUAAAUUACUAAUUACAUAUUUUAAAACUGUCCAUGAAUUAAAAUAAACUCUGAUCAUUUAAAAACAAAAAUUUGAAGCAGCAGUGAUACAUCGAAGCACAGAAACAUAUCCCCACAUAAGCGUAGGUGUCAAAACGCCUUAGGCCAAAACCUUCUAAUAAA